AUGAUGUUCAGGCACCACGUACUGGUCCCUACCUGUCACGUGGAUGGAUUUUGGCAAGUUACUUGCUGUGAUUGUGUGGUCGGUUCCCUUUGGGGCACCGUGGCAGUCGUUGUGACCGAAUGCGCAAUUGCGAUGGGUUUCGGUCGCCAGAAACUAACGAUGAACUCCGCCGCAGAGUCGAUUGGUUGCGUUGUCGGUGAUUGUGCUAGCGGUUGUCCUUCCAGUAUCGAUGGUCCGUUUCUGUUGAUGGACUGCAUUGGUCGAACCGGGGUAGUGGAGUCUCUUUCUUGCCGUUGCGAUCCUUUGUUCGUCAUUUCUGGUGCUUGGUAUUGUUGA